AAAAAAAAUACAAAUACCUUUUACUGGAAUAGCUGAAUAUAUAAUUAAUUGAGAUUUACGACAAACGAAAAACAUUGAAAAUCAAUGCGGAAAAAACAACAUUAGCAGCAACAUGACGGCUAAAAUUGAUAAUGGAAACGAGUUAAGUCAAUGUGAGAACGGGCAUGCAGAUAAACAUAAAAAGAAAGCUAAGGAGAAACGAGAUAGCCAUCAAAGUCGCCAUGAGAAUGGAAAAUCGCAUCACGAUCAUAUGAAUGGAAACGCAAACGCAGGACACAGACCAUCGAAGCACUGUCAUCGACAUCACAGUCGAAGUUCGAAAGCAGAAUCAGUUUUGUCUACAUUGUCAUCGGAUUCGGAUAUUCGAUUCACGCGCAAAAAGUUGGGCGAUAACCAAAAAUGUGGUUGCGCAUUAAUUGCUGGUUUUCUCGUUGUUCUUUUGUUGGCAGCUACACUUUUCUACAUCGGGUAUUCGUAUUUGCAUCCAGGCCCCUUGCCAAAUCGAACGUUUCAAGGACGCUUCACUGUAAUUGAAGGCGAACGUUGGACCUCAUCGUUUGCCGAUCAGAAUUCACUUAGCUUUAAGACUAGCAGUAGAGAUUACCGUGAACGCCUGAAUUUAGUCAUUAGAAAGUCUGAUUUACGAGAUCCAUAUGAAGGAUGCGAAAUUUUAGCUUUAGAUGGAAAAGAAGAAAACGAUGAUCUCACCAUACUUUUCGCGUUGUAUUUUGAACCAUAUGCCGCUCUUGUAUCUGCUGCUGAAUUGCAUGCCAUCUUAAUGGAGGAGAUUAUUAAUCCUGUGCCGCGUUAUUUUGCCAAUAUCACAAUUGAUCCCAACAGUUUGGAAAUAAAAGAAAUUAGUGCACGUCAUUUUGACGACAUCAUGGGAACAUCAUCUUCUCCGUUGGGCAGAAGUAAUUCUGAUCACGCAGCGACAAAUAAUUUCCAUUCAAUGCCCGUAAUACCGCAAUGGAAAUGUGAAGCGAUGACUUUGCCCUAUUGUCGAUCUAUGGGUUACAAUAUUACGACAUACCCUAACUAUUUGGGACAUGCCAACAUUGAUGCAGUAAAAGAAGAUUUAAUUUCUUUUCGAGAUCUCGUGGAUGCUGAAUGUUAUCGUCAAGCAUAUGAUUUUGUAUGUCGAGUGUUACAACCGCCAUGUAUCGAAAGAGUACCAUUAGAGCCAUAUCCAGCGCCUAUUUGCCGACAAUAUUGUCAAGAUUUUUGGGCAGGAUGCGGCGAAAGAAUUCCUCAACGUCUGAAAAAACUUUUGGAUUGUGAAAAGUUUCCUGAAUCGAAGGGAGCACAAAGUUGUCAAAACGCUCCGGGAUGUGUAACGGAUUUACAGUCGAAAGCAUUGUCAUCGAGACUUUGUGAUGGAAUUGCAGAUUGUCCUGAUUUUACUGACGAAACAACUUGUGCAUUCUGUCCUUCGGGAUCAAUGUAUUGCGGAAAGGGACGUCGUUGUAUUGCGCGAGAACAAAGAUGCGACGGAAAUAUCGAUUGCGAAAAUGGAUCUGAUGAAAAAGAUUGUCUUUCAAUUACUCCUUUGGUCUCAUAUUUGGAGAAACCUUUGCCAAUCACCCCACAAAGAGCUCAAUUUGAUUCUGAGGGAUUUGCUGUGUUUACAGAAAAAGGCGUCGCAGGCAAGAUUUGCGCUGAAGGAAUGGAAAGAGGUUCGUUUGUGCGAAAAACUGUCGCAGAAUCACUUUGUAAGGCAUUAGGAUACGAGAAAGUUUCUUUCUCUAAAAUCACGAAUGACACAGAGCCUAAUGGAAAUUAUGUUCGCGUUCUUGAUCCAAAAGCUCAUGAAAUCUCGUUCGUACGAACGCCAUGCAAUAGUCGACAAGUUUUAUAUGUUAGUUGUGAGAAUUUAGAAUGCGGUAUGCAAUCAGGAAUUGGAAUUGGCGAAACUCCAACUACUCUACCGAAAAUGGCGUCUCCGGGAGAUUGGCCUUGGUACGUUGCAUUGUUUCGUGCUGAUACACAUGUUUGUGAUGGAUCAUUGGUAUCAGAAGAUUGGGUUUUAACAACUGAUAGUUGCUUUCAAGGACAAUCGAAGGCGAUUUGGAUGGCAGUUCUUGGAAAUGUUCGUCUUUCUUCUACAUCGCCAUGGACUCAACGUCGUCGCAUCGUUGGAAUGAUAAAAUCUCCUGUUGAAGGAUCAACAGCUGCUCUCAUUCGUCUCGAAACGCCUGUAACUUUUUCAGAUUUCGUUCGACCAAUUUGCUUACCUGAUAGUGCAGUUGCAACAAAUGGCAUUCGUCGCAUGGAUACUUUUGUGAAUGAAGAGGAUUACAUUGAUGAUGCACAUGAUGAUAAUUUUGUUCCGCAAGCGUUGAAAUUUGAAGCUACUCCUUUGAGUUUUGUCAGCGGAUUGCGAAGAUUAUCGGAAAGAAAACGUUUAAACGAAAACACGCAGUAUUUUGUGUCGCCAGAAGAAGAAGAAGAUGCCAUUGCUUCAGAAAGUGAGGAUUACGAUACGCAUUACGAAAAAUAUCAAUCAGAUGAGGAGAAUUUGAUGCCAAAGGCAGAAGCUGUUGUCGUGUCAAACGAAACAAUUAACGAAGUUGAAAAUAAAACAUCUGUGACGCCAAAUACAGAAGCCAUGACGAUGAUAAGAGAAAUGAUUUCAUGGACUCAAUGUAACACAAUUGGAUGGUCAAGACAAAGAGAUCAUCUUCAGAGAGUACAAUUGAAAAUUGGCGAUAUGGGCGCGUGCGAAAAUAUUUCAAUAGCUACUGUCAAUAGUCUUUGCACGGAAGCCUUGUAUCACAAACAAGACUGUAGUGAAGAAGAAUUUGCGGGAAGCAGUAUCAUGUGUUUGUUACCUGACAACAAACGAUGGGCAAUUGUUGGUGUCGCGCCAUGGCGAAUUGCGUGUGCUCCUAAUGGCAUAGAACGCCCCCGAAUGUAUGAUAAAAUCUCAUCGAAUGCUGCUUGGAUUCGAAGUGUAAUUACCGCGGAAUAGCAAAUUAUUUUUAUUUGUAAAUUUCCUUGUACAUAAACCGAAAAUUUAGUCAUUUUUUCCCAAUAAGUCACCUUACCUAAAAGAAAAAUAUUUAUUAAAGUGAAAAAUAUUUACCAAAAUUUGAAUGAAAUAUAUUUAUAUUUAUUCGU